GAUCUUCGUACGUAGAAUUAUUUGUACUAGAUUAUUAUCCAUGGCUUUAAGCUCCUUCUCCCUUUCCCAUGCAAAAUACUACACCAAAUCUCUUCCUCACUUGGCCUUAAAACCAACAAUAUUGGCUCAGAGCACAGGCUUUGAUUCAAAGUUUCAUUCGCGGGGUAUUUCGGAGACUUUCUCCGAGCUUAAAAAGCAAGGAAAAGCUGCUUUGAUACCUUAUGUAACUGCUGGAGAUCCGGAUUUGGCCACGACUUCAAAAAUUUUGCAGCUUCUCGAUCGCUGUGGCGCCGAUGUGAUUGAAUUGGGUGUCCCCUUCUUUGAUGCCCCAUUAGAUGGUCCUGUGAUCAAGUAUUUUUCAUGUAACUUUUACAAUAAAGCUCUUUCGAAUGGAAUCACACUGGACGCAAUUCUUUCCAUGCUAAAGGAGGUGGUUCCUCAUUUAUCUUGUCCAAUAGUGCUAUUUUCAUAUCAUACUCCUGUAUUUGAAUAUGGCAUUGAAAGUUCUCUUUCUGCCAUAAAAGAUGCUGGUAUACAUGGCCUUUUGGUCCCAGAUCUUUCCUUUGAUGACAAUGCAAGGUUGAAACAAGCUGCCGCAGAAAAUGAAGUCCAACUGGUACUACUUACUACACCUGUCACUCCGAGGCGUCAAAUGGAAGCCAUUGUUGAUGCUUCCCAAGGUUUCGUGUAUCUUGUGAGCUCUGUCGGAGUAACGGGUGAUCGCGCAACUGUAAAUCCACAAGUAGAGCUUCUUCUAAAGGAAAUAAAAGGGAUUACAGCAAAUCCUGUUGCCGUUGGCUUUGGCAUAUCCAAUCCGGAGCACGUCAAAAAGGUGGCAAGUUGGGGAGCUGAUGGUGUAAUCGUGGGCAGUGCCAUCGUGCGCCUUAUCGGUGAAGGCAAAUCCUCUAAUGAGAUACUAAAGAAUGUGGAGACCUUUGUAAGCUCCUUGAAGGCCGCAUUACCUUAAUUAAUUGUUAGUGAAAAAUAAUAUGUAUACUAGACCCAUG